GUGGUGCCCAUAGCAGUACGUCUUCUCUCACACAUCGAUAUUGAAUUCCUCCUUGGGAAUAAAAAUCGGUAAAUUUUGUUAAAAUUUUAUUGUAGUACAAUAUCCAUAAAAAUCGGACAUCAUCGCCGUUAAAAAACGCCUAAAAAAUGGAAAAUUCGUACGGCAUUGGCAUUGCAAAUCGCUACGAAUUGUUUUAUGUGGACGAAGAGGCUGGAUCCGCCACAAAUAAAUCAAUUAAAAAAGCAAAACAACAGAAAAAAACAGCAGCAUCUGCAACUGUAGCGGCUAAUGGUGGAGCUGUUGAAAAGGAGAACAAGCCAGCUAACACAAACAAGGCAUCGAAUACAUCGGCAUCGACAAAGGCUCAACAACCAAACUCUACUGGAAAAUCGGCUAAAAGCGGCGCAUCUAAUCAAAAUGGUCAACCAAAUAAUAACCGCAACGAUCGAGGAGGACCACGUGAAGGUAAGGACAAUAAGAACAAUGAACGGAAAACUGAUGUAGGCCACCACCACCACCAACAACAACAACAACAACAACAACAACAACAGCAACAGCAAAAUGGCGAGAAUCGUGAGCAACGAUUCAAUCGAAAAAAUCGUGAAAAUCGCGAAAAUCAACCGUUGAACAAUGUUGAUGGAAAUGCUGGCGGAAAUCGUGGUGGUAAUCGAAAUGACCGUGGACAAAAUCGUCGACAAUUUGGCAAACGUGAAUUUGAUCGUCAAUCUGGCUCGGAUAAAACUGGUGUAAAAGCUGUUGACAAACGCGACGGUGCUGGCGCUCACAAUUGGGGAACACACAAACAGGAUAUCGAUGACUAUCAAAAAGGCUAUGAUAACAAUGAUGAGAAAAAGGAAGACAAGGCUAAUAACAGUGAUGCAAAAGUUGAUACUGAACAAAAUGGCAAGGACGCUAACGAACAGGUACAAAUUGAAGAAGAGGCCAAAGAAAUUACAUUGGAUGAAUGGAAAGCUCAAAGAGCUGAACGCGCCAAACCACAAUACAACAUUCGAAAAGCUGGAGAAGGCGAGGACACAUCACAAUGGAAAAAAAUGAUUGCUCUUGAUAACCGAAAGAAGAAGUCUGAUGAAAGCGAAGAGGAAUAUGAAUACGAUCCAUCCAUGUAUCCGCAACGGGUAGGACGCCAGAAAUUCGUUGAUAUCGACAUUCAUUUCAAUGAUGGUCCACGUGGUGGUGUUAACCGAAGACGAGGUCGUCCACGUGGUCAACGCACAUGGAACGGAAGUGAAAAUGAAAACAGUCAAACUGCUAGCGCCGUGGUCAAUGGAAAUGAGAAACCAACUGCAAAUGUUACUGCUAAUGCUAAUGCUAAUGCCAAUGCUAAUGUCAACGCUAAUGCCAACGCUAACGCAACUGCUAACACUAGCAGCAGCAACAACAACAGCAACAACAGCAGCAGCAGCAACAACAACAACAACAACAAUAACAACAACAAUCGUCGCCGUAAUCCAUCAUAUCGCAACCGUCAAGAUCGGGGACAACGUUUCGAUGAUCGCCGUCAAAAUGCACCAAAAGUCGAUGAUGAGCAUGAUUUCCCAAGUUUGGGUUAAGAACAAACCCAUUUGCUGCUGAGAGAAAACCCAACAACCUAAUACACACAACAACAAAAGCCGAAACAAAAUUAUAGCAUCCAAAAACGUGAAUUACACAUAAUUUAUAUAAAAAUGGAAUUAGAGAUCAUACCAAGGAUUAUUAGGAGAAAAAGCAGCAUAUUAUACACUCAAAAAACUCAUACUUACAUACAAAAACAAAAAAAAACAAAAGAAAAGAACUUUUUUUUUCUCAAACAAAAUUUCAAAUUGUUUUGAUUUUAUACAUAGAUAAAUUGCAAAAAAAGCAACAAAGAAAAAACACAUUUGAUGCAAAGAUACAAACAACAACAAAAAAAAAUUCAAGUAAUUUAGUAGUAGGAAACGGAUUCGUAUGCCAUUUUUACUAAAUUGAGUUUAAAAAAAGAAAUAUCAAAAAAAUUUAAAAAAAAAAUUGCGUUUAACAAAUAAUAACAAUAAUAGAUACCCCCACGCUCACAUGCACGUCACACAGAGAGACUAACGAACAAUCGCAUGCGAUAAAAGAGAGAAAGAGAUUUCCUUUUUUUCUGAACCAUAUUAUUUUCUGUUUUGUUUGUAAAAUUUUGUAAACACACGACGAAAACCGGGCGAGAUAUGUUAUAAAAAUAUACACACACAAAAAAAAUGAUAAUUAGAAAACUAUGAUUCGGUCGGCGGCGGCUGCGGCGACGAUUAGUGAGGUGAGCGUGGAAACAUUGUUUUCUCUAGUGUAUGUAUAAAUUAUUGAAAUAAAACAAAAUGGAAAGAAACAAAAUCACUUUUCAUAAUAAAAGUAAAACAAAUAAACAACAACAACAACAUUUUUUCUGCUAAAUGAAACUCUUUUAACUAGCAAAAACAAACGGAAACAAAGCAAAGAAUGAAUUAUUUUUGUUAUUUUCGACAAGAAGCAAAGUGAUUGCAUGUUUCAAAAUAAUUAAACAAAAUUUCGAUUUAACCGAAGCAGAAAAUAAUGAAACAAAAAAAAAAAAAAACUAAACUUAUGUACGAUAAGUAAUACAGGCCGAAUAAAAAGAAACAAAAACCACAUGUUUUAUUAGCCAUAAAUUCAAAGCAACAAAGUAAUAUAAUAACUUGGUUAACAUGAAUAAAAGAAUCAAAAACCAACAUCCUCAAACGAAAGCAACAAAACAAAUUAAAAAAAGCAACUUUUUCCCCCUUUUUUCGUGACACACAUUCAAGAAAAAUUUGGGGGAUGAUAGAAUUUGUGAAGCAUGUUAUUCACUUGAUUAAGCAUUGAUGCAUUCAAUUGCAAAUAACCAGCUCACUUAAAUUGAAUGCAUUCUAUGAUAAUAAUAUAUGCGGUUAUUACAUAUAUAGAAAUUCAUUUAUAGCCCUGCCGCAAAACAUUUUUUUUUGCUAGAACAACAGAAAAAAUGCAACAACAACAACAUCAACAACUAAAAAGUUGUAAUGAGUGAUAGAAAUCAUCACCAAUAUAAUAAAAAAAAAGAAAUCCAUCAAAUUUUCUUAGCUUAACAAAUUUAAAUAAUUGAUAGAAAAGCAACAACAACAAAAAAAAGAAUAUAUAUAAAACUUUGAACGAAGAAACACAUACGAUAUGCAUAGAAGAUUAAUAAGAAAUACGAUGGAAGAUUACAACUGGCGUAUGAACAAACACAAGCGACAAAUAAAUAGCAUAUUUUGUUGGGCCACCCUGAGUAAACUAUGGCCAUAUCGUAGAAUGUCUCCGAAAAAUACUAAGUAUAGAUUAUGGUUUUAUACUGUGUGUGCGAAGAAGAUGAAACAAUUUUUGAUGAAAGAAAUGAAAGCAACCAAAAAAAAUAAUAAAACAAAAAUCAAAUGAAUUGUAAUAAAAAAAACACCGCAUGAAUAAUUGAAAUAAUGUAUCGGGUUUUCUGUACACUUCCAUCAAACGUUGUCAAUGUGGAACAAACUGGAACAAGUAAAUGAAACAGACAUUAAUGAAUCUGAGAUUCUUAGAACACAGUUGAACACAGUCAAUGUGCAACGAACUGGAAUGAAAUCGUCAUUAAAUCAUUUUUUAAUAAAAAAGAAAUUAAAAAUUGAGGAAGUAAUUUCGAACAUCAUCUGUUACUAUAUGUGUUGUAUAUGUGUGAUUUUAUAUACAAUACGAUUUUUUCCCAUUCGUUUGACUACGUUAGAUUUAAUUUUUGUUGAUCAUUGUGAUGUCAUCGCAAUGUUGACAGUGUCAGGGCACACAGUUGUUUAUUUUCCAACUAUUUGAAUUUUCCUAUCACUAUUUCUAUAGAUCGUAAAUUAAAAUUCAAUUCAAUCCAAAACACAUAUAUAAAUUCUUAUGGUCAAUUAUGUUUUUUUUUUAGUUUAUGUACGUUAUACAUUGAUAUAUUCAAGUGAGAAAAAGGGAGUCACAGUCGUUCAAUAAACACCUUAUUUCCGUACCAUAUUGAUGCGCUGAACAACGCCAAUUUGAUUUCUCCAAUAUUUUGUCAGCGUAGUCCCAUUAUUCAAACAUCCAUUUAAAAUAUAGAUGAAGUGCUCUAGCGAUUUAUAUUUAAGUGAAUUUUAGUCAUCGCAAUCUCUUCCCCUUGCUGGUGAAUUUGUUGGGGCAGUGAUAUGACUGGACUCAUCAUUUCGAUAAUGUUGAUGAGAAUCGAACAAAAUAAAAAGAAAAACCGUUCGAUAAAUGAUAUAAUAUUGUUUAAAUCCAUCGCUUAUUUUCAUUGUUUACCCGAGACCUACGUGUAAAAAAAGAGUAAUUAUUACAAAAACAACAUAUUGGUCAAAAACCAAAUCACGACACGGAAAGCAAACAAAGUUUCUAUAAUAAUCACGAUGUAAAAAAAAA